UCUGACGUUUGAUAAAUUAGAGCAAGAUGCGGAUGAAUAUAAAGGGACGGGGAUUGAGGCGAAGAUUAUUUAGUAGUAGUCAGUUUUAACAGUUAGAAGUAGUUAAUGAUCAGUCGUAGUAACAGUCACAGUUGUAGUAGAAGUCAUCAUCGGUCGCAAGUCGUCAUCAGUCGUUAUCAGUCGUAAAAGUGCAGUUGUUUAUCUCAGUUGUUAUUUUAAGAUUGUGAAGUAACUAUUGUACUUUUUCUAAAACCUAUUUUAAAUAUAUUUUAUCAGUAGGAUUAAACUGGCUGUAUGUUAAUCUUGCACCUCUGACUCAAACCAAAAAUUCCUACAUACAUACGAAUAACAAUUAGGAAUAAAAGAAAUCUAAUUUUCCUGUUAUAUCAUUUCUUUAUCUGUGUGCAAUAUUUCCAUGAUUGUACAAUCAACGAUUUUUAUAUGUAGCAAAGAUAAUUCAAGGUUACACGACUAAUUGCUAAACGAGUAAACAGUUUUAAGCGACCAGUUUAGGACGUAAUUUCAACGAGAAAACACGUUCUUUAACUUCUGCAUUCAUUUUUCUCUUACUGCUUAACAAAAUUGAAAUUUACAAACCAUGGAACGGUGGUCUGGUAAAGUAGCUAUAGUUACUGGUGCAUCCUGUGGAAUUGGAUUAGCAAUAGCAAAAGCUCUUGUACAACAUGACGUCGUUGUCAUUGGAUUUGCACGAAGGAAAAGUAAGAUGGAGAAUCUCAGUCCAGGAAUUGUUGACACGGAUAUCUUUAAAACCAGUAAUGUUGAGUUCCAUACAGAUGAGGCUCUAAUGCCCUAUUUGAAACCUGAAGAUAUUGCAGAUGGUGUCAUUUAUAUAAUUGGAACUCCUCAACGAGUUCAUAUUGCUGAAUUGAUUAUUAGACCAUUGGGAGAACUUAAAUAUGAAUAUCAAUAACAGGAUUAAGUUUAAUAUUUGCUAUGAGUACUAAUAGUCAUAAGAUAACAAAGGUAUAAUUUUUGUAAGGAUUUAAAAUGUGAGUCAAAAGUGUAUUACUUUUCUUGGAAUCUCAUGUAAGACACCUGAUAAGGAUUAAAAUAUGCAACAUAAUCAAUUUUUAUUUUUAUUCAACUUUGUUCGCCUUACAUAUUAACAACUUUAUUACAAAAUUCUAAUGCUAAGAUACAAAAACAAAUAAGAUAAUUUUUAUUUUGGUUGGUGAUUAAGUUUAUUAAAAUGAACAUGCAUUGGUCAGUUUAACAGGUUGAAUGCCACGCACCCGGGGUUGUCCGUUUCUCCACUAUGUGGAAUAUAUUUCUAUUAUUCUGGGAAGGGCCUUCACUGGUAACACUUGUGGUAUUUAACCUGUUAAAAGAUUGUGAUUGUCAUUCAUCUGACCGACGGGGAUUAGGUUCGCCAUCGGGAGACUAGGAACUUCGACGAAAUGUAUUUUUGUUUGCAACCAAUAAAAUGAAAUGAUAUCUUAAAUAGAUAUACGCAAAUAA